AUGAGAAGAAGUCGUGCACCAUCUCAACAGUUUCCACUUGUUCCUAAAGAGGAUAUUAUAAAAGGAGUGAAAGUCAUAAGAACACCGUCUGAAAUUCUUGCACUGAUUAAGACACAUGAUAGUACAACAAUAAACAAUGUGUCUGCGGCAGUUCAACCUGCUAGUCAUACCAUCAAGAAUUGUGAUACACCUUUGCAACUUCCUCAAAAUAUACCUAAAAAAAUUCAAAAGUCUGUAGGACAUAGAACGAUAAUCAAGCCUAAUAAACAUGUAUCAGAAAUUGAUGACCAACAGGAAGUUAAAGAGAAUGUUAUUCAACCAUCAAAUACUUUAGGAAAUAAAAAAUAUAACGUUACUUGGGGCAAACAAACAAAAAAGAAGCACAAAACAUGGGAAGGUGAUGGAUACCUAAUUGUAUCUGAUAAAUUUGCAGCACUUCAUGAUUUAGAUGGUCACAAAUUAGGUACUACCAGUGACUUAAAAUCUUUAAAUUUAGAAGAUGGUUCAAUCAUUGUUGUUGGUAAUAAGCAAGUCCAAGUAUUAGAUUUAGUUACAGAAUUUGAUACUGCAGCGAUUGAAAAAUCAACUGUUACUUCAUGUGCAGGACCUCCCCGUAAACGACCAAAGAUAUUAGUAGAUGUUAGUUCUCCUGAAGCACUAAUCAUGCCUGAACCUGAUAUUGAUCAUCAAUCUUUCUUCAACAAAAAAGAAGAAGAAAUCACUUCAGUUGUGCUUGAACCUUUUUUGGCAAAACACCUAAGACCUCAUCAAAAAACUGGCGUAAUUUUUUUGUAUGAAUGCGUUUCUGGAUUUAAGGACCAAGAAUAUUUUGGUGCUAUUUUGGCUGAUGAAAUGGGUCUUGGCAAGACAUUACAAACUAUUUGUUUGGUUUGGAUGUUACUGAAGCGAGGACCAUAUGGAGGUAUUCCAUUGGCCAAAAGAGUAUUGAUAGUUGCUCCUAGUAGUCUUGUAGGAAAUUGGGAAAAUGAAUUUACUAGGUGGUUAGGAAGAGAUAGACUAAGGCUGUUUUGUGUAGAUCAAAAAAAAAAACCCUCAGAGUUUGCUAGAUUACCUGCUCGGAGCUAUCCUGUAAUGAUAACUUCAUAUGAAAUGUUAGUGCGUUAUUUUGAAGAAAUUGAAAAACUGCAUUUUGAUUUGAUGGUAUGUGAUGAAGGCCAUCGGUUAAAAAAUAAUAGUACCAAUACAUAUUUAGCAUUAACAAAGAUAGAAUGUAAACGAAGAGUUUUAUUGACUGGUACACCAAUUCAAAAUGAGCUAGCUGAAUUUUAUGCACUUAUAGACUUUGUUAAUCCUGGAAUAUUGGGAACAUAUUCAAUGUUCAAACGUGAGUUUGAAGAUAAAAUUGUUGAAUCUCAACAACCGGAAUGCCAUCCACAAAUAAUUUCGCUGGGAAAACAAAAAGCUUCAGAACUUAAUGAAGUAACUGAAAAAUUUAUUUUAAGGAGGACUCAAGAUGUUAACAACAAAUAUCUACCUUCUAAAUACGAAUCUGUAGUAUUCUGUGCAAUGGCUCCUAUUCAAUGCCGUUUAUACGAAGAAACUGUUUCAUACUGGGAAAAUCGUGUACAAGAAUUUGGUUUGAGUACUAUUUCACACUUUAGUGUCAUUACUAUGUUGAAAAAAGUUUGCAACCAUCCAGAAUUAAUACUGAACAACCAAAAUAACUCCGAUACUACUGAAGAGACCUUAAAUCAACAUUUGAAUCGCACUAUUCCUUUAAAACACUCAUUAAUAGAAAGUUCAGGAAAGCUUAUAGUUGUUGACAACUUAUUAAAAGAAUUGCAUAAAAAUGGUUUCCAAAAAACCGUUUUGAUAUCAUAUUAUACUCAGACUUUAGAUAUAUUUGUAAAGUUAUGUGAUAUGAAACAUUACAAAUAUUUGAGACUUGAUGGAUCUACUGCUACUGCUCAGCGAACUGAUAUAGUUAAAAAAUUUAAUGAUUCAAACUCUAAUUACAGUGUUCUUUUAUUAAGUGCAAAAGCAGGUGGUGUUGGUUUGAAUCUUGUGGGCGCAUCAAAUUUAAUUUUAUAUGACUCUGAUUGGAAUCCAGCUUCUGAUCAACAAGCUAUGGCUAGAAUUUGGAGGGACGGUCAGAAAAAAAAUGUUCACAUUUAUAGGUUACUAACAAGUGGUACAAUAGAAGAAAAGAUAUUUCAAAGGCAGAUUAGUAAGACUGGCCUGAGUGAAGCCAUUACAAAUCCUGAUAAUCAAAAUAAUACAAAGCUGUCAUUUGAUCAACUCAAAGACUUAUUUAAUUUUAAAAAAGAUGCUUUGUGCUCAACUCAUGAUUUAUUGGAAUGUAAUUGUGGUGGAAAAGGUGUAGUUCUUAGUGAUACUAGUGCAUUCGAAUGUGAUGACAAAAAAUCUGAAGCACCGCUAAGAGUUAAUGAACUUAUGAAAUGGGAACAUCAUUCGUCACCUUUCAACACAGAUGUUUUAGAAGCCAUGAACUUAUUUGGAGUAUCAACAACUAUCCGCUUCUUGUUUAGAAACAAAGCAAAUUAA